AGAAGAAGAAGAAGAAGAAGAAGAAGAAGAAGAUGGCUUCCGGGCAGCAAUGGGUGUUGGUGGAAAUGGUACAAGCUUUUUAUGAGGCUCCUGCAUAUCACCUGAUUCUUGAGGGGAUCUUGAUAUUGUGGAUCAUCAGACUUUUAUUCUCCAAGACCUACAAACUUCAUGACACUUACAAACUUACAGAAAGGGAAAAAGAGGACUUGAUAGAGGAAUGGCAGCCAGACCUUCUUGUCCCUCCAGUUUCAAAAGACCAUCCUUCUCUUAAAUAUGAUGUUGUUUCAGGACCACCCAGCCAUAAAAUCAUAGUUAAUGGAAAAGAGUGCAUUAAUUUUGCCUCCUUUAACUUCUUGGGUCUCCUUGACAACGAGCGUGUGAAGGAAAAGGCUUUAAUGUCUCUAAAAAAAUAUGGGGUUGGCACAUGUGGUCCAAGAGGCUUUUAUGGGACAUUUGAUGUCCAUCUUGAACUGGAGAGUCGCCUUGCCAAAUUCAUGAAGACAGAGGAAGCCAUUAUCUAUUCAUAUGGAUUUGCAACUAUUGCUAGUGCGAUUCCUGCCUACUCCAAAAGAGGGGACAUAAUCUUUGUGGAUGAAGCUGCUUGUUUCGCCAUCCAGAAAGGUCUUCAGGCAUCUCGGAGCUUCAUCAAAUACUUCAAACACAAUGACAUGGAGGAUCUGGAGAGGUUGCUAAAGGAACAAGAGCUGGAGGACCAGAAGAAUCCUCGUAAAGCUCGAGUGACGCGGAAAUUCAUUGUGGUUGAGGGAAUGUACAUCAACACAGCUGACAUUUGUCCCCUCCCUGAGCUGGUGAAGCUCAAGUAUAGGUAUAAGGUGCGGCUCUUUCUGGAGGAGAGCAUGUCUUUUGGUGUGUUGGGUGAACAUGGCAAAGGUGUAACAGAACACUUUGGAGUCAAUAUUGAUGAUAUUGACCUGAUUAGUGCUAACAUGGAAAAUGCUCUGGCCUCCAUUGGAGGCUUUUGCUGUGGCCGUUCCUUUGUCAUUGAUCAUCAGCGUCUGUCGGGCCAAGGCUACUGUUUUUCUGCUUCCCUACCUCCAAUGCUAGCAGCUGCUGCCAUCGAAGCUCUGAACAUCAUGGAGGAGGACCCAAGAAUUUUCACUGUUUUGAGAGAAAAGUGCCAACAUGUUUAUAAAGCUUUACAAGGAAUUCCAGGUCUGAAGUUGGUAGGAGAACCAUUUGCUCCAGCUUUUCAUCUACAACUGGAAAAAAGUUCAGGCUCCAGAGUCUCUGACAUGCAACUUCUCCGCUUCAUUGUAGAUUAUUGUUUGGAAAGAAAGGUUGCUUUGACUCUUGCUCGGUAUUUGGAAAAAGAAGAGCGAUUCCUUACCCCUUCUAGCAUCAGAGUAGUGGUCUCCAUCAAACAGAAGGAUGACGACAUUCAAAACGUGGUGUCUUGUAUCAAAGAGGCAGCUUCAAUUCUCCUCAAAUAACAGCAAAAUCUUUGUCACUAAAGAAAAUGCAGCCAUUACAGGAAUUUCACAAUAGCUCCACCCUAUUUAAUGGCAAGCAAAUGUAAUGAGAACACUGAGACACACUGGAAGCUCUAACCCAUAAACUCCACACGAAGUGUAACCGUAAGGUCUCUAUUAUUUGUUCCAUGUUUUAAAGCCAUGUCAUCGUAAAAGAUGAAUUCAUAUUUAAAGCAAAAUGUGUUGUCCGUUUUAAUGACUCAAUAUAAGACUUUCCAGAAAAUUUGUUUCAGUAAAAAAAAGUUUGUCAGUCCACAACUUACCAUAAACAAGUGAUGUCCAUUUUUAUCUUAUGACCAAAAGAACACUUCAUGCUUUUGUAAUCUGCCAGUAUAUGGAACAUAGCUUUUGCUCCAUGAUUAAGUUUGUAGACCACUUAGAUGAACUUGAUUUGUUACUCUGGAAUCACAUGCUCUGAUGUGCACUUUUGAUAAAUAUAUUUUGUGAAAGAAUACGGCAUUUCUGAUUUUCAUUAAAGUUCUAUAGUUCAAAAUG